AACUUAUAAAAGAGAAUGGAGGUGUGGCAGAGUACGGGAGUCGUGAGGGAAGACAACACCGCCUCUGCGCCAUACGGACUGCGAGCAAUAAGGCCCGUACACAGCAUCGGUCGCUGGCUACGCAGAGAAGACAACGUGCUGCGCAAUAGAGCGCACGCGUUGCUGGCGGUGCAGACCCACUUCCCGUCACAAGUUCAACCAUCAGGAUGAGCACCCCAGAUAAUGAGGUAUUCCCAUUCAAGAUAAUCCCUUCGGAUAGCGAGACGCAAAAGGCUAUCGCGCGAGACUUCGCCGGCUAUCCCAAUGGACUGGCUUCAUUCAACCACUGGGGCUUCAAGCUGUCUGCAACAUUCAGUGCGGGGGAAAUAGAAGACCUUUACAACUACCCAACGAAGCCCGGGGACGUCUGGGUAGUGACGCCUCCGAAGUGUGGCACAACCUGGACCCAAGAGAUGGUGUGGCUCAUCGCCAAUGACUUAGAUUACGAUGGGGCCAAGACGACCCUGUCUGAGAGGUGGCAUUUUUUGGACCUCAACGCCUUGACUGACAAAGACAUACUCGCCCAACUUGCACCAGUACGAAGAAUGGAAGAUAUUUCCCAACAGCCAAACAACAGUUCUCACCGCGCCCAGCCAAGCUUCGUAAAGACGCACUUGCCUCUGUCCAUGAUUAACCCGCGGGUGCUGGAUGUCUGCAAGGUGGUGUACGUGGCCAGGAAUCCCAAGGACGUCUGCAUCUCCUUCUUCCACCAUUGCAGACUCCUGACACACGUCGACUUCCUUGGAGAUCUGCAGAUGUUCGUGAAGUAUUUCAUGGAGGGCCGCAUGGUGGCAACUCCGGUCAUGGAGCACAUGAUAGAAGCAUGGAAUAUGCGUCACCACCCCAACAUCUGCUUCAUCUUCUAUGAAGACAUGAAACGUGAUCUCCAAUCAGAGAUCCGCAGGGUAGCCAAGUUUCUGGGCAAGUCAUUCUCGUGUGAGCAAGUAGAUGAGCUAGCAGAGCACCUCCAUUUUGAUAACUUCAAAAAUAACUCUUACGUCAACAGGGAAGAGGGAAAGGCGUCGGGUUUCUUCUAUGCAGAUCGCGGCGACUUCAUAAGGAAGGGCAAAACAGGUGACUGGAAGAAUCAUUUCACGCCAGAGAUGAGUGCGAAGUUUGACAGGUGGAUGGCGGAGAAGUUAAAGGGCACUGAUCUCUUAUUCACCAUGGAGCUAGAGAAACAGCAUUGAUCGCUACACCAAGAAGGAACGGGAUAUACAUAUAGAAGCAGAAACAGACGUCACA